UGAAAGUAAGAUUCCAGUGCGCACACUUUAGAUAAGAACUGCUAGUUCUGCAACUGUGCAACCCAGACACACUAGCCUCAUAGGGGAGAUCAGCACCAGGGGAUAACUUAAGCGAUUAAAGGAUAACUUUCUAAAAUACUGAAAAAACCAAAUAAGGUUGACCGGCAUUACAUCAUGUGGGUAACCAACCUAGCAGCUCUGGUCCUUCUGGCCGUGUCUGAAUCAGCUGCCACCGCUGCAUCAGCAGAAAAGGUUCUCAGUAACCAUGCCACCAUCCUGGCUAAUAACAGUGCUAACUUGGCUUUUAGUCUCUACCAGAACAUAGCAAAGGACGAGACUGUAGAGAACAUUCUUAUUUCCCCUGUAGUGGUGGCCUCGUCUCUGGGCCUGGUGGCUCUAGGGGGAAGAGCCUCCACACCCAUUCAGGUAAAAAACAUUCUAAAUGCAGCUGGAGUUAAAGACGAGCAGCUGCACUCUGGCCUUGCUGAGCUUCUGACCAAUGUGAGCGACCCCAAGACCCGAAACGUGACCUGGAAAAUCAGCAACCGCCUGUACGGACCCAGCUCAGUCACCUUUGAGGAUGACUUUGUAAAGAGCAGCAAAAAGCACUACAACUUUGACCAUUCCAAGAUCAACUUCAGAGACAAGAAGAGCGCUGUGAACUCCAUCAAUGAAUGGGCAGCCAAGUCUACGGAUGGUAAGCUGUCUGAAGUCACAAAGGAUGUGGAGAAGACUGAUGGUGCGAUGAUCAUCAAUGCCAUGUUUUUCAAACCUCACUGGGAUGAGCAGUUUCAUCACAAGAUGGUGGACAACCGUGGAUUCAUGGUGUCUCGCAGCUACACAGUUUCAGUACAAAUGAUGCACCGCACAGGUGUCCUAGACUUCUACGAUGACAAAAGCAAUACAUUAUACAUCCUGAGCAUGCCCCUGGCUCAUAAAAAGUCCACUGUUGUGUUCAUCAUGCCCUACCACCUGGAAUCUCUGGAAAGACUGGAGAAGAUGUUGAAUAAAAAGCAGCUGGAUACGUGGAUGGGAAAGCUGCAGAAAACCGCUGUGGCCGUGUCUCUGCCCAAAGUCACCAUGGAAGUCAGUCACAACUUGCAGAAAUACCUCAGGGAGCUGGGUCUGACAGAGGCUGUGGACAAAUCCAAAACUGACUUGUCCAAGAUGUCAGGAAAGAAAGAUCUCUAUCUGGCAGACGUGUUUCACGCCUCUGCCAUAGAAUGGGACACUGAUGGAAAUGAAAUCGACGUCAGUGUCUUUGGCACGAACAAGUUGAAAAGCCCCAAACUGUUUUAUGCUGAUCACCCCUUCAUCUUCCUGGUGAAGGACCAGAAGACAAACUCUGUUCUGUUUAUUGGCAGGAUGGUCAGACCUAAGGGUGAAAAGAUGCGAGAUGAAUUGUAAGAACGUUUUAGCCUGUGCAUCCAAAAUUUGUGUCUUUCUGAGUGUGCUGAGUUCAGAGUUUUUGCUACAUUAUGCUGAGAGAAGUGGUAAUGACUUUAUUCCUAGUGCCAACAGCAUUCCACACAGCACAGAUUAUAUUUAAACAUCCAUCCAUCCAUUUUCUAAACCGCUUAUUCCCAUAUGCGGGGUCGCGGGGGUGCUGGAGCCCAACCCAGCAGGCUAUGGGCGAGAGGCAGGGUACACCCUGGACGGGUUGACAGUCCAUCGCAGCAACACAGAGACAGACAACCAUGCACACACACACACUCACACACACACACACUCACACAAUGAAGAGAGUCCAAUCAACCUAAUGCACGUCUUUGGACGGUGGGAGGAAGCCAGAGAACCCGGAGAGAACCCAUGCAAACACGGGGAGAACGUGCAAACUCCACACAGAAAGGCACCAGGGAAUCAAACCCAGAACCUGCUAGCCAUAUUUAAACAUGUUACCCUGUUUUAUGAGAAGUAGAUUGCACCACACUGUAGAAAGCACAGUUUAAGCCCUGACAGUCCUUGUGCAAGAAUUACUUCCUUUACUGUCUUUUUUAAUUUGCCCUAAAUACACUGAUCUACAUUGGCACACAGUCCAAAAUGGCAGUGUUUUGCAAUAAAUCUUUAGCUUAAUUUCAGAAGUUUUA